UAUUUCGUGAACGAGUUAAUACAAAGAAGAAACAUGGCGUCGACAUUGCUUGCCGAAACGCCGAGAGGUGGAUUUUCUUUUGAAAAUUGUUGUCGAAACCAGUUUUUUGAACAAAAAGGAAUAAAGGCACCCACCGCUUAUAAAACUGGAACAACUAUUGUUGGACUUGUUUACAAGGAUGGGGUUGUGCUUGGAGCUGAUACACGAGCUACAGAGGACACUGUUGUGGCAGACAAAAACUGCAGCAAAAUUCACUUCAUUUCUGAUAAUAUAUAUUGCUGUGGAGCUGGAACAGCAGCUGACACAGAAAUGACAACACAGAUGAUUUCUUCUCAGCUGGAACUUCACAGACUGAACACAGGGAGAACUCCUCGAGUGUGCACAGCUAAUAGACUCCUUAAACAGAUGCUAUUUAGGUACCAGGGUCACAUCAGUGCUGCUUUGGUGCUUGGUGGAGUGGAUUCCACAGGUCCACAUCUGUAUAGUGUAUAUCCACAUGGAUCCACUGACAAACUUCCCUAUGUUACCAUGGGUUCUGGAUCCCUAGCAGCUAUGGCAGUCUUUGAGAGGGGAUUUAAGCCAAAUAUGGAGAAAGAGGAGGCGAAAAAACUUGUCCGAGAUGCUAUUGCAGCUGGUAUAUUUAACGAUCUGGGCUCAGGAAGCAAUGUGGAUGUGUGUGUCAUCACAAAAGACAAAGUGGAUUAUAUUAGACCUUUUGACGAGGCUAAUCUUAAAGGACAGAGACAAGGAUCAUAUAGAUACAAGAAAGGUACUACUGCUGUUCUGAAGACAGAAGUCAAGAAAAUUCCUUUUGAGGUGGUCAAGAAAACAGUGAGAGCAGAGCCAAUGGAAACAGUCUAAUAAUAGGGACAUUUAGUCUACACAGAUUGUCAGUUGUGUUAAUAAGACCUCAUUGGAACUUUCACUCUUUAAAAGUGCUGUUGUAAACUGUACCUUAUGUUUUUGCAUUAAAUGUUCUCUCACAUCAUUAAAAACAAUACAUUUAUUCUU